UCUUGGAAGUGUAAACAUAAAUUUCUUGAUUAAUUGUUUCAAUUUAAUUUCUUCGUUUCUUUUAAUUGUUUCAUUUAAAUUGUGAUUUGUUUUUUCUCUUUCUCUCUCUUUUGUUUCUUGUUAUAUUGUUAUUCUUUUUAAAUGUCGGCCAUUGUGGUUAUGGGAGAAGCUCCUGAAUCUGAAGAGGAAAUUGAUCACCAUGAACCAUCACCAACAAUUUCCACCACCAACACCACCACUAAUCCGACUAAUCCCAUGUAUGAUUCACUGUUACAUCAUAAAUUAAGGGAGACAAAUGAAAUAUUUCGAGAUAAAUUGAUCAAAUUAUCCUGUCAACCUUAUCUAAAUGCGACUAAAGAAAUAAAUUCACUUUCUCAGCAAUUAAUUAAAUCACAGAAAAUGGUUCAACAAGUUUCAGGAACAUUAACCAAAUUAACUAAAGAUUUAAAAAAUGUUGAAAUUACUCUGGAUUCUUAUGGUUUGGAUUCAUCAUCAUCAUCAUCACCAUCAUCAGCAAUCCCACCGUUCACAAAUAAACUAUUGCAAUCAUCAACAUUAUUACCAUCAUCUUCAGCAUCAUCACCUCGAAGACAACCCGAUGAUUGAAAAUCUAGACAAUUAUCAUUAUUGGAUUAUGAUGACAAUUAACAACAAUCAACCAGAAGGAAGAAACUCAAAUAUGGCGGAUUAUGGAAAUACUCCCAUCUAGAUGGCCCUGCCAUCUCUAUGUUUCUCUUUGUAUCCAAUUAUCUCUGUUGUUAUUCCCUCUCUCUCUCUAUCCUUUUGUUUUCUUUAGUUCGCUUGUUUCCGAGGUGACACAAAUCUCCCUCCGCCAUCUUAUUUUCUUAUCUGCAAACAUCACAUGCAAUUGUUUUUUCUUCCACAGCAAAUAUCUUCCACUUUCCAUUCUCUUAAACAUCUCAUCUCUUUUUUGCCUUUAAUUAAUCCCCCUUAGAUACUUAGUUCUGCUCGUUUUUCAAUCUCUUUCUUCACCUUUAAUUUUUUUCUCUCUCUCUCUGUCUCUGUCUCUCCCUCUCUUUUUGCUUCUUAGUACAAUUGUUACUCCAGUAAUUUAACACCAUUCUCUUCAU